UUAAUUUGCACUAACCAACUUCUUAGAGAUCAAGAUAUCUAUUUCCUUGUACAUAACUGUAGUUUGGUUUGGUUUGGUUUGGUUUGGUUUGCAGUGUAAAGCCGAAAAUGUGGAUGAAUCCUCAGGUUUGGCACAAAGUUGCAGCGAUUUCAGGAGUGGCAGCACUUGGAUUGGGAACCUAUGGUGCCCACGUCUUCAAGCCCCAAAACCCUGCUUACAAAGAUGUUUGGCACACAGCAUCGCUUUACCAUUUGGUUCACACCGCUGCCUUAGUCGCCGCCCCAAUUACAAAGAACCCCAAUGUUUUUGGAGGCCUUCUAACAACUGGGAUCUUGGCUUUCUCUGGGACGUGUUAUACUGUCGCGUUGCUUGAAGACAGAAAAUAUUCAACCUUGGCUCCGUUUGGCGGCUUUGCAUUUAUAGCAGCUUGGGCUAGCUUGUUUUUCUGAUGGCUUCGACUCUACUUUUGUUUGUGCUUUUACAACAUCUAUUCUAAGUUUGUUACUUAGCAAUUAUACUAUAAUAAUUGAAUCAACAAUCACUCGGCCCAGCUACUUUAUAUUUGUGAAUCUAGCUAUGUAUUUCAGACUUGUAACAAAUGUAGCAGAUUAUGUUUUAUCCAAUGAUGUUCCAAGCAGAUUGAAAGUUUUC